UAACCGUGCUAACGUUGUGUCUUCAACAUUAAAAUAAGCUGGGACACAUCAUUAGACACUUGCAGACGCGUGUAUGGAGGCAGUGUGUGUGUGUGUGUGUGUGUGUGUGUGUUUCGCUUCCCUGUGCCGUGCAUGGUGCUGUUGCGUCUCUGAAAAUGUACACGUCACUGCGCAUGCGCGACAAUGGACUGCGAAUUGUAUUUAUUUAUCAGGGGAGAUUUGUGUUUCCUGACAGUUGCUGACGCUAAAAGAAAAUACUACAAAAUAAGGUGAAAGUAGCAAUGCCUGAAAAACAUGUCUCACAAAGAAGAUAAGGAAGGCAAAGGAAGCUCUCACCACACAGAUCUGUACGCCCGCAUCCCGCAGACAUGCUUGCCAAUCGUGUACCACCCGGACUACAACAUCACCUUCAUGGGCCUCGAAAAGCUGCAUCCGUUUGAUGCGGGGAAGUGGGGGAAAGUCAUUCACUUCUUGAAAGAGGAGCAGUUCCUCACCGAUGAGAACAUCGUGGAAGCCCGUGAAGCCUCAGAAGAGGAUCUGCUGGUGGUGCACACCAAACGCUACCUCAGCAAACUGAAGUGGUCUCUGGUGGUGGCUACGAUCACGGAAAUCCCACCUCUCCUCUUCAUGCCUAAUUUCCUGGUGCAGCGGAGCGUGUUGAGGCCUUUGCGGACGCAGACCGGAGGAACCAUAAUGGCUGGAAAACUGGCUAUUGACCGAGGCUGGGCUUUGAACGUGGGAGGAGGCUUUCACCACUGCUCCGGCGACAGAGGAGGGGGCUUCUGUGCCUACGCUGACAUCACUCUGGCCAUCAAGUUUCUGUUUGAGAGAGUGGAAGGCAUCUCCAGGGCGACCAUCAUCGAUCUGGAUGCUCAUCAGGGGAACGGACACGAGCGUGAUUUCUUGGACGACAAACGAGUGUUCAUCAUGGAUGUGUACAAUCGCUACAUUUAUCCCGGGGACAGUUUUGCCAAAAAAGCCAUAAAGAGGAAGGUGGAGCUGGACUGGGGCACUGAAGACUCGGAGUAUCUUCAGAAGGUGGAGCUUCACACAGAAGGAACGCUGAACGAGGUCCGACCCGACAUCCUCGUCUACAACGCGGGGACAGACAUCUUGGAUGGGGACCCGCUUGGAGGACUCUCCAUAUCUCCACAGGGCAUCGUUAAGAGAGAUGAGAUUGUGUUCAGGGCUGCGAGGCGUCGAGGCAUCCCGAUACUCAUGGUGACAUCGGGGGGAUACCAGAAGAGAACGGCCCGCAUCAUCGCCGACUCCAUCCUCAACCUGCACCGGCAGGGCCUGAUUGGACCAGAGGCUCUGGAGGGGGAGGGGUCAUCGUCUCUGGUGACCAGCAUGAUGAGCAGCUCUGGUUCUGCAUCGACAUUCACUGCUGUCUGAGACGCACUGAUCCUGCCACUAACACUAACAGGUGUGUCCUCUGCAGGUGUAACACGCGAAGGCACUGAAGUAACUUUAAAUUGUGCAGUGAGAGCUCUGAUGGUGGUGCCGGGUUGUUGCUGCACACAGACAGGGGUUUGUUUUUCAUCUGGGCGUUACCCAGUGCUUCAUUGCACAUUUAAUUGAACAAGAUUGGGAAUUUAUGUUUACAGUUUUAUUCAAUAAGUUGGCCAUUAAUCAAAGGGAACAAUCCCACAAGGAGAACAAAAGUAUACUGCAGUUCAUUAAUUGUAAUUACCACAAGUUGGAGAAUGAAGGGUAUUAUGUUUAAUGAUUGUUUGGGAAGCUUUUAAGAAGAGUCUUCUUUCAUCUCAGGAAAUGUAAGGAUUUGUGAAAUAUAUCAAAUGCUAUGAUAUUGUAAAGAGGUUUGAAGCUCUUUUAGAAACAUGGGAAUUAUAUUAAUUAUCCUCUUAUUAAAUGUAGAUGUGAAACCCAGGAAAAAGCACCUUAAAACUGUAACUUUCAAACCUAAUCUCAUGGGGAUUUUUAACCUGAAUGUAUUUGUAUUAUUCAUAGUGUACAGAGGAGGAUUAGAGCCAUAGCUAGAAACAUUUUUGAGAUUUGGAAAUGGAGUUCGAGAUAAAAGUCAGAAUCCUGAGAAAAAAUCUGAAUUUUGAGAAAAAAGGCAGAAUAUUGAAAUUAAAGAAUCUGAUUAUUUUUUCGAAAAGUCUGAAUUCUGAGAAAAAGUCAAAAUUCUGAACACAUUUUUAGGAAAAACAAACAGAAUUCUGAGGAAAUUAAAGUAGGAAUUUUGAAAAUGUCUGAGAAAAUUCCAAAUCUGAACAUUUCUGAGAUUAAAAAAAGAGCCAGAAUUCUGGGUCAAAAAAAAAUCGGAUGAAAAAAAUGAAUUCUGAGGGAAAAAAGUCAAAAAUCUGAACAUUUCGGAGCUUGAAGUCCGAAUUCUGAGGAAAAUGUAUUCUGCCCUUUUCCUCAGAAUUCCUGCUUUAUUCUCAGAACUCAUCCUCUUCCAUAACAGUGUGUUGACCCCAGAUAUAUUUUGUGAUCCUUAAAUUGUUUUUUCACAGCGUUUCACUCAUCAGAGUUUGUCAUGACUUCUUCUAAUCUGUGCAGAUGCCAAUAAUUUUCAAAAUUUUGAGUAGAAAUGAUUGGAAAUCUCAGGAAAAAAAACAACAGUAUUCAGAGAUGAAAGUCAGACUUCUGUGGAAAUAAUGAUUCUGCGUUUUUCUCAGAGUUUUAAUAUCAGAACAAAAAUAAUCACAUUUGGUCUUAAUCCUCGUGCAUACAUGUGUUGACCUCUAGAUCUUUUUGUGAUCAUUAAAUAGUUCAUUAUUCAUUAGAGAGUGUUUCAUUCGUCAGGGUUAACCGUUGAUCACUUUUUUCUACUAAUAUUCUGUGCAGCUCAUGUUUAACAGUUGUGAAUGAUUUUCCUGAAGGUUGUACUGUUCCUCUUACAGUACAGUUCUCCUACUUAAGAGAAGAUGUAAAUGUGGCUGUGAAUGUUUUAAUAAUGAAACUCUGUCUACCAUUGCCUUCGCCGUGUUCUGGACGUGUUUGAACCGAAGCGGUUUGGAAGCGGUGUCGGCGCUAAUUAGCCGAAGCCUUUGAUCUGGUGUGCUGCUUUCUAAUGUGUCUACCUUUUAAUUAGAACAUCUCGCUUACUGUAAGCGGGCCUGUCCUUAAUACCAGAUGAGCUCACAGAUUCCAGAUCGUCAGCCUCCUUUCUGUCAGACGAUGUUGCAUGCCAAAAAUAACACUUCAAAGAUGAACUGUGUUUUUUUUAGGGGCGUGUUUGUGGUUUGUGCUGACAUUGAGAUCUAUGCAUUCACACUGAUAUUAAAAACAUCUGUGACAACUGA